ACGUGACUUAAUGCCGCUAGCCCCUUUUCUCUCUGGUAACAACAAACAGCGCCAAACUACUGUCACCGAGCGUUCAUGGAGGAUAACACAGUUAGUAACGUUACAGUUCCUAACGGGACAAUGGACCCGUUAUGGAAAAAAGUCCACACAUUCACUGGACCUAUUCCUCGAUCAAGACAUGGACACCGAGCAGCAGCUAUUAGGGAGCUAAUUAUCGUAUUUGGAGGUGGAAACGAGGGAAUAGCGGAGGAGCUCCAUGUAUACAACACCGUUUCUAAGCAGUGGUUUCUUCCAGCGGUGAGAGGGGACAUCCCUCCAGGCUGCGCUGCCCAUGGCUUUGCCUGUGAGGGGACCCGAAUUCUGGUAUUUGGAGGAAUGGUUGAAUUUGGCAAAUACAGCAACAGCCUGUAUGAGUUACAGGCAAGCCGCUGGCUGUGGAAGAAACUGAAACCCAGGCCUCCCAAGAAUGGCAUGCCACCCCCCUGUCCUCGCCUUGGACACAGCUUCACCCUAAUUGGGAACAAGUGCUACCUGUUUGGGGGUUUGGCAAAUGACAGUGAAGACCCAAAUGGCAAUGUCCCAAGGUAUCUGGAUGACUUUUAUGAACUGGAGCUGCAGUCAGUGUCAGGGGUAAAAGGUUGGAACAUUCCAGAUACCAAAGGCGUGGGUCCAUGGGCUCGGGAGUCCCACACCGCUGUGACUUAUACUGGAAAAGGCUCCCCCAAACUCUACAUCUUUGGAGGGAUGAGAGGCAGUCGCCUUGAUGACCUCUGGCAGCUUGAUCUUGAAUCUAUGACAUGGUCGAUACCUGAAACAAAAGGACCACCUCCUUUACCGAGAAGUCUUCACUCUGCCAGCGUGAUCGGAAACAAGAUGUAUGUUUUUGGGGGCUGGGUCCCUGUUGCAGAAAAAGACAAACCUAACACCUUGGGAGCUGAAUGGAUCUGUACGAACUCCUUAUCUGUUCUCCACUUAGACACUUUGACGUGGCAGUGCUUAGGCCCAGAUCAGCAGCAAGGCCAUGUGAUGGGCCAAGAGGACCAGGUAGAGCCCCAGCCCUGCAGCGGAGUCCCCAGAGCUAGGGCAGGCCACUGUGCCGCCUCCAUCGGCUCCCGCCUCUACAUCUGGAGUGGCCGUGACGGCUACAGGAGGAGCUGGAACUACCAGGUGUGCUGUAAGGACUUGUGGUACCUUGAGACGGAGCGGCCCUCCACCCCAGCCGCGGUACUGCUGGUCAAGUCCACCAUCAACAUGCUCCACGUGGCCUGGCGCCCCCUACCUGCCGCGGAGUGCUACCUUCUCCAGCUGCAGCCUGUCGCUUCCUCCACCAGCCCUGACAACCUGGCCGCUCCGCCCAGCACAGGGGAGCAAGAGGGUAACGGCCACGGCCGAUCGGACGUCCAGCCUGCUCAGGUCCCAGAUGACCCAACCUCACUUAAAGCCCAGGAGGCACUACAACAGGUGGUGUCUGCGGAGCGACAAGGGACCCCCGGGGUCGUUUCAGGGGGCGCUGCGGAUCCCCAUCCGCAGGGUGAGACUGAUGCUAGUGGGGAAACACAGAAGGGCGACCCCACAAAAAAAAAACAGCCGGCGGGAAAUGAAGGUCAACACCAGCAAGGGCAUGAAUCGGACAACGCCUCAUCAGAUCCCAGCACUGUCACCGGCAAGGUUUCUGCUGAGGAAGCAGAAGAGUCUGAGUGGUUUGAUGUUGGCCUGUUUAAAACCCUGUUCUCUGAGGUCACUUGCUACUACUUGCCGCCUGAUAAGGACAACAACCCUGGCAUCUACGCCAAACCGUCUAACACUAAUGAGAUGAAGUUGCUGGGACCUCAGGACUUUGAGGGGCGUGAGAAGCAGGUGUUGUCUCCAGGUGCGACUUACAAGUUCAGAGUGGCAGGUAUCAACAGCUGUGGUCAGGGGGACUUCAGCCCUCCCAGUGAGUUCAAGACCUGUCAGCCUGGGUUCCCCGGGGCGCCCUCUGCUGUCAAGAUCACCAAGGCUAAUGACUCUGUCCACAUCACUUGGGAGUCCCCCACGUCUCCGUCCGGUAAGAUCCUGGAGUACUCCAUGUACCUGGCAGUGAGAAAGAGCCGAUCCAGCAGCAGUACCUCUGAGCGUCCCGGACAGCUGGCCUUCAUUAGGAUCUACCGAGGCACCAAGACGUCCUGCACAGUUAGCCCAGCCCACCUGGCCAAUGCCCACAUCGACAGCUCCGCCCCGAACCGACCCGCCGUUGUCUUCCGCAUCGCUGCCAAGAAUGAGCAGGGAUACGGGCCGGCCACACAGAUCCGCUGGCUACAAGAUGCCAGUAAACUCAAAGCCUCGUCAUCACAACCAGAUGGCAGCCCCACAGAUGGUGGAGACAGUUCAAGUUGAAGUCCUUCUGCCAGGCUGAUUUCCAGGAGGAUGACCAUGUCGAAGGUCAUGACUGCUUAUCGACCCAGCAAUGUCCCUCACACAUUCUGUACAGAGUUUACAUAGAUUUGUAACUUAUUUUUUUUAUAAAUGUUUUGUUGAUGUACAUAAACUGAUGUUUUACAUUUCCUCCCUCUUGAUCAUAUUGUAGUGUUAAGGAGAAGUUCUGUUUUUCAUUUUGUUAUGUCCUUCCAUGGGUGUUUUUAAUUUAUUAAAUAGGUAUGACCCAUGUUAUGACCAAGCUUUUCCCACUUGCCAAACAGAACUGUUAAAUGUGCCUUAAUUCAUGAAGGGGUUUUGAAUGGAAAUGAUGACCAAUGAGUAGUGACUGCUUUAUAAUAGUUAACAUGUAGCAAAAUGUGAGAUAUUUUUUGCAAUUGCAUUUUUAAUUUGGGCCAACUCAGUGGUUGUAUUUCAGCUUGAACAUUCAGAUUUAUAUCUGAUUACAAACAGGUAUUUACAUAAGACAUGAUUCCAACACAGCAUUUAUAUUGUCUUGUACUGUAAGUAUGAACAGUUUUACUUUUGGUUUAGUGGUCUUUAUUUAUUUGUAAACUCACUAUAGGGAGUAAGCCAUAUAUUUGUGAAUCUUAGGCAAUCCAUGCAUCCGUUACUACACACAGAUUCACAGUGGUUUUACACACUACCUUUCCUCUUAUACUGCAGCACUGUAGCUCACUAUGCAAUGUGGAAAUGACGUCAUAUCUUCAGGCUGGUUGUGUUUACGAGUUAAUGUUUGUUGAAGACAUUCCCUACAUUUGGUUCCAAAAGAGCUUAGUAUGACAGUGACAUGUAUAUGAAAUGAAACAAUGAACCAUAUAUUACUCAGUGAGUAUGUAGCCAACUAGAUACCAUGUUUAUACCCUUUGAAUAUAACUUUGUGCAGUUAAGGAGAGGAUUGUAUUUUCUGUUGUUAUUCUGUUUGGUUUUAGGGAUGUGUUGCAGAAUUAUCCAGGUAACCUAAUGUUACCUAAUGUUCUGUGUUAUCACUAUACUUUAGAAACGUGUGUUUUGCAUUGGGUGAAUGGAGAACAUAAUAGAGACCUUGUAGAAACGUUUAUUUAAAAAAAGAAUAAAACUUGACAUG